GCGGUGCGGGGCUUUUUCUCUUCCGUGCCAGGGGGUGGAGGCGGAAGGAGGCUCGGCCGGCCUCUGUCCGGUGCUCAUCAUGCUGUAUCUGGUCGGGCUGGGGCUGGGAGACGCUAAGGACAUCACGGUGAAGGGGCUGGAGGCGGUACGGCGCUGCCGCAGGGUGUACCUGGAGGCCUACACGUCCGUGCUCACCGUGGGGAAGGAAGCGCUGGAGGAGUUUUACGGAAAAGAACUGAUUUUGGCUGAUCGAGAAACAGUGGAACAAGAAGCAGACAGCAUUCUGAAAGACGCUGAUGUCUGUGACGUCGCUUUUCUUGUCGUUGGUGAUCCCUUUGGGGCCACAACACACAGUGAUUUAGUGCUACGUGCAGUAAAGUUGGGAAUUCCGUACCAGGUCAUUCAUAAUGCUUCAAUAAUGAAUGCAGUGGGCUGCUGUGGUUUACAGUUGUACAAUUUUGGAGAGACGGUUUCUAUAGUCUUCUGGACAGAUACAUGGAAGCCAGAAAGCUUUUUUGACAAGAUCAAGAAGAACAGGCAGAAUGGAAUGCACACACUGUGCUUACUUGAUAUUAAAGUGAAGGAGCAGUCUCUGGAGAAUCUAAUGAAAGGAAGGAAGAUUUAUGAGCCACCACGCUACAUGAGUGUGAACCAAGCUGCAGAACAGCUUCUUGACAUCAUUCGGAACAGGAGACUCCAAGGAGAAGAACCAGAAAUUACUGAAAACACCAUUUGUGUUGGCCUCGCACGUGUGGGUGCUCCUGAUCAGAAGAUUGCUUCUGGCACACUGCAUCAAAUGGCUACGGUGGAGUUAGGUGGUCCACUCCAUUCCCUGAUCAUUACAGGCACUAUGCAUCCUCUGGAAUUAGAAAUGCUUAAGCUUUUUUCUGUAGAUAGCUCCAAUUUUGAUAAUAAUGUAUUUCAAAAGACCACAUAAAUAAAAAAUGCAUAUUGAUUUUUUUAUUCUAUAGUUUAAUGUCAGUGCAAAGUUAUUACUCUGAAUAUUUACAGUUGCCUGGUUCAAAUGAAUUUAGAUUGUAUACAGCUACAGCAGAUAACAUAGGACUUGCUUUAACCUGAGGCUACAAGCUGCAAAACAUAUCUGCUGGUAUCAGUUUCUAACAAGUAAAGACAUCUCUUGCAGCCUUUAAACCUUAAGAAUGCUUUACUUAGUCCAGUUCCUUGACAUCUGCAUCAGUCUUAGGCUGAUGACUAGGAUAAGGCGUGCAGGUACAGAGCUGCUGGACCAGAUGUCUAUGCAGCAUCACUUUUGCUGUAAUAUAAGAAUCAAGCCUAUUGCAUGCAUGAUUUUAAGUGCAUUUUAGAUGUUAAAAUUAGCUUUUCAACUGUCCCACCAACUGAGUAGUUCUCCCACCAGUAGAAAAACUGUGCAAACCCUGUUAGUCUGAAUUCAUUUUUACACCUGGGAGAAUGAACACUGAUGAGAAUACUCUAUGUCUACAACAAGAACUCACUCUUAAGCCCAUUAGUAAAACAGAGAGAAACUGCACAGAACUUCUUAUUUCAGGAAGCUGCCACUUAAAAUAUAGACCUGGAUUUCCUCACACAUUUAUGAAGCACUAGACUCAAACUGCAACAACCACAGCUGAAUCAUUACCAACUCUCAAAAAGCAGACUGCAAGAAUUGUCUUCAGGAUCAGCUAAGGGGCGAUGGCUGCCUUUCCAGCUGGUCAUACACACUGUUGAAAAAAAACCCAGCAGACCUGUAUGCAUUUUUGUUUUUUAACUGAAGAUUUAUUGGAAAGAAAUUGGAUCCCGUAUCUUCUGAGCAAUACAGGACAUUUAACAUUUUAUAGAGACUGUAUUCAAGUAGAAAAGAUUACAUUAAAAAUUUCUAAUAUUGCACUUGGGACAGGUCAUGGCUAAGCUACUACAUCAGCAUUCCAGAACAAAAUCAUACAGAGUCUUCAGAAUUUUAGUGAGCUGCCUUGUGUUAUCAUUUUCAUUUUCUUUACAGGUAUUUUGAUACUGUACUAUUUGAUUUAAGCUCAUUGCAAAGAACGGUCUUGCAGCUGAAAGGUAAAGGCAAGCAAUAUGUUGUAUGCAAGCAAUGUUUCAUGCUACCCAGAACGAUUUCGGCAUGUUCUUCCUUCACAUUAUUCCACACUUCAGCCACAGGACUGAAGCAAGUCAUUUAACUCUUGUUAAAGAUCCUAGCACAGGCAUGAAAGAAAGACUUUGGUGCACAUGGGAAAUGAAACACACAACUCCUUUUACAUAUGAUUUCUGCCACAUUUCCACAGAGGCAGGAACCUUUUGUGGCUCACUGAGACAGACAAAUAGUCGAACCAGUAUUUCGCGUGGUGAAACACAACCUUUGCAUACCAGAGAGAAGAGUAGAAUAACUGGCACUUUUUCACAUUCUAGCAGUCUCUGGCCAAUGAAGUCCCAACAUAUAUGGUCACUUCAAAAUAAAAAUACAAAAAGCCUGAAUAGGGAGAGAAAUCCAAAUGGGAAAUCCAGCAAGUUGCAGAUGGGGAUUUCGCUAAAAGCAUACAGGAAAAAUUAACCACUGAAUUGGUGAAAGGGAUCAGAGAAAGGAAUUAUU